AUGUCAGUGGAUCAAUCCGAUAAUCACCAGUCCACCACCAAUGGCCAACAAAUGCUACCGACAGACAUCAGUCCUUCAUUUGAUACAGAGUCCGUUAAUGGGAACAUCAGUCUAAACGACGACCUAACAAUCAUGUCGGAGACUUCCUAUUCCAAUGGCCUACAUGUGCCUAGAAGUGGUUCUGUAGUAUCACGAAGAACAAGCACAGAAACCGAAAGCGUAUUUCUGAGUCUGGGGUUCUUCCAGUCUUUAUACGGUGGUAAUGAAGCGUUAAAUAAUAACCGAAAAGAGGAGUUUUCCCCUUUAGGCCCCAAUUCCAUCUUUGAAUUGACCUAUGCCUCAGAUCAAGCAAGACAACGUCACAAUAAGCCUCCAAGAGUGAGUGUCACCAUCAACGGAGGUCAAACAGUAGUCAACAAUCUACGGGUGCCCACCACAAAAGAUAUACCACCCAUUCUGUUACUGAAACUAAAACAUAAAGUGAGUUCCGCUUCCUUAGAGUCGUUGUAUGAUGCUAAGAUGUUUGAUGCAUAUAAGUCCUUUGAAUUGAGCUACAACAGUUUAACAGAAGUCUCAUUACAGAAAUUAUCACAAGAUAAUACUACUAAUACUACUAAUAAUGGGAGUCGGAUAGACUCAACUACAUCCUCUACAUCGAAUUUUGAUACUUAUAUUCUUGAUAGUAACGAUAAUAAUCAAGUUAAAACGACAACUAUGGGAAUCCCAGACGUUUAUUUCGAUAGUGAUUUCCGUCUAGACAAUUCAAGAGUAUUCAAAAAAGUCAUUGAAAAUGCUAAAAUCUUACCUGAUGAAAACUUGGCUAGUCAUGAUGAAUAUCUUGUUAAUAACACCAAUCUUCAAGAGAAAAUCUCUCAAUAUUUGGAUAUUGUAGAGGUUGAAUUAAUUCAAGAGAUCUCCAAAUCUUCAGAAUCGUUUUUUGGUACUUUUGAAAGUAUUGAAGGCAUGAGAACCAAAUCAGAAACCUGUAAAUCCAAAUUCGAAUCCAUAAUGACAAAAUUGCAUAAACUAAAGUCUGAACAGGCUGAAAGAGGUAUGAAAAUAGUUGAAAACUUACAGAAGAAAAAGGAUGUGGAGAGGCUUGAAUCUGCUCUCCUUCAAAUCAAAUACGUCCAGUCAUAUUUCCAUUUAGCACAACGUAGCUUUGGAGAAAGCAAAUAUUCCGAUUGUCUCAAACAGGUUAUUAUGGUGGAACACCUUUUGAAUGGAAUUGAAAAGGCAGAUUGUCAAGAUGUAGAUAUUCUUGAACUUUACCCUAAACUUCCAUAUCCUAUGCAAACCUUAUUACAUUUACCAGCCUUUAUACAUUUACGGAAUGAUUUGGAAAUGCUAAAGAAGGAAUGUUCCAUUAAUUAUAUUAACGAUUUUAUUCAUCUUUUGGUCGAAGAUCUUAGACAACACUGUGCAUCUGUUAGUUCACAGGAAACAAUCAACAGAAUAUAUCUUUCCAUCAACAAAUCUAAGAAGCUUGACCGACCUAUCAAUUUAACUUAUCAAACGAUUUCAUCUUCAUCGAAAGAAUUAUUAGCUGGUUACAUUAAGAACUUGAUUAAAUCAGGUUAUCUUGUGCCAGCGUACGACAGCUAUCAGGAUCGUAUUGUUACUGAGAUAAAGAGUAUUAUUAAAACAUAUCUACCCUCAAAUAGGAUGGAGUCUGAAGGUUCUCAAUCAUCGUCUAGACAGUCACCUGCUCCUGUUGAACUAUCGGGUUCCAAUAAUAACCAGGGUUCACUUUCUUUAAGCAUCAAAGCAUUGACCCCAAGAGAGUUUGAAUGUAUGCUUCAAACGACAUAUGCUCAACUCUCUGAGUGCUUAAGACGUCUUACUUCACAUCAAAAAGUAUUGCUUGAUCUUUCGCUCUCCAACAUUCCAUCAUCUUCAACUAUUGAUUUCAUGUCUCUUGAUAUAAGCAAUGCCAUUGGGAAGGCCAUAGAAAUUUGCCAGAUCCGUUUGACCAAGAUCAUCAACGUAAGACUGGAACAGAAUGCUGAUCUACCAUUACUGAUGUAUUUGAAGUUAUAUGCAUUAACUUCUGCGUUUCUUCAAGAGUGUGAGCAAAUAAGUCCUAUGACCAUGGCCAACAGUCAAGGUAGCUUAGGCGAAUGGUUCAAGAAUCACAUGGUUUAUUUUGUUCACAAACACCAUCUGAACUCGAUGAAGCUGAUGAUCAACUACACAGACAAAGAGACUUGGAGAGAAGUUACUAGUCCUGAGCAAAUUGCUAAAACCCAAGGACAAAUCCAGGAAAUCAUUGGCUAUUCUCAAUAUAUUGAAAGCGAGAAUAAGAGUACGGGCUUUGAUGGUUCGGAAUGGUUAAAGACACUCGAUUUGUACGAAGAUAACGACAAUAAGUCAGAUGAAACUGUUUCAACUUCUAAACUCGAGGCAUCGACAAAAGUCACUAUUAAUGAUGAAAUAUUCGUUGUCCCCAUGCUUAUCCCUUUGAAUAUGAACCUCCUUCGUGAAUACGUGAUGAUUUCCAAAGUAUUCCACCAAUAUUCAUCUCAAAUUGUUACUCAAUUGUUGAACUUCUUCAAGCUACUUAACUCCAAGGUAUCGCAGGCCAUCUUGAACGCUGGAGCAACGAGAACCGCAGGCUUGAAGCACAUUACUACCAAACAUAUAGCCAUUUGCAUUCAAGCAAUUGAAUUUUAUAUCCUGGUUAUUCCCUUGUUUGAGACUAUUUUCCGCAAUGUCCCCAUUACACCUGCUUCCAAUCCGAAUGCAGAACCAUUGACCUUCCCACUUGUUUUAAGCAACUAUAAGGAUCACGAGAAUGAAUUAUUCAGUAAAUUGGUUUCAAUAAUGCAUGAUCGUAUUGUCAGUCAUUGCAAUUCCAUUGUCUCCAUUGAUUGGUCUGUCCCAUUGAAGCCUGCCACCCAUUCAAAGACCAACAAAUAUGCUCAACAAUGCCAUCCAUACAUGGAGACUCUUGUUAAUGAGACCAACACAGUGACCAGAGUGCUUAUGAAGUACUUGCCAGAGAUCAAGCACACUUUGAUUUUACUGCAGAUCUUUGAUGAUUACCGCAAGAUGUUGGUGGAAUGCUACUGUACGAAGCUACCCCAAUUCAAGAACUUUGAUGAAAAGCAAGCUGUGUUGAAAGACAUUGACUAUUUCCGAGUCAAUCUUUGUGAGGUUCCUGGGUAUGGAAACUCUGGCCAGAUUAUAUGGGAGAAUGUAAAUGCCUUGAGUACUAUUGAAGACGAAGAAAUGGACAGGAAGAUGAGAGCUAACUUUGAGAACGAAGCGAAGGCUCCGGAUACAAAAGAAGACAGCAAUAGCACAGAUACUGGAAACGACUUAAAGGAUAAAGAACCAGAGCCAGUUACUGAAUCUAAACCUGAACCAGAAAAGGCUGAUGCAGUUGUUACAGAAAAGGCUAAAGAACCAGAGCCAGCUGUUACUGAAUCUGAUGGACUUGUUACUGAAACUGAUUCACUAAACGCUAACGAAGCUGUAACUGCGCCUGAGUCUGUAAAGGCUGAUACAGUUGGUACUGAAGCUGAACCAGAAAAGGUUGAUGUUAAUUUGGAAGAUGAUAAAGAAGAACUGCAAGGAAUAAGUGAACAAAUCCAUUCUGACAAGAAGCUUGAUCAAACAGAAGACGAACCAAAAGAAGAAGUCUUAGGCUCAAUAGUGGAGGAGGUCGCUGUCGAAGAACCAUUGGAUGGGCUUGGCACAAAAGUUGGCGAACCUGCGGGUGAGUUAGUAGUUGAUUCCAACACUAAAGAUGAGAUUCAAGAUGCCAGCACAGCAGAGCAAGAGGCUAUUGACACAGAGGCAGAAGUUGAAGAGGAAGCAGAUGACAAUACAGAGCGAACACACGACGAUAUUAGUACAGAAGAAUCUAAUGUCCAAUAA